GAAGCUUGACGGAUCAAUACGUUUUCGUUUAAUUUGCCAGUUCGGUUCCGGUUUUAAAUUAUUGUUGUUUUUUUACUUUGUUUAUAUUAACAUAUUCUCUCGAAUUGGAAAAUAUCGCGUCGUCUUCUGGAGCAAGCUAGAUGCAAACGGUUUUGUACUGCCUUUCUGCCCUAUUCGACAGCGUGGAUUCAUAGCUCCGUCUUCGGCUUUCUACAUUGGAAUUCGACAUAAUCAUUGGAUUACUCGUGCAAAACCCAACAUUUCGGGGAUUAAAAGAAUGCUUCUCUCGAAGUUUAACUCAUUUGCACACAUCUCAACCGUAGACAUGCCAGCAAAAAUCCAACUUCAAGUUCAUCAAGUGAAAGAUAAGGAGCCUUUUGAGAAGGUUUACCAGGUUGGCUCCGUGCUGGGAAGUGGUGGCUUCGGAACAGUUUACGCUGGGUUCAGGAUUGCCGACGGGGCGCCGGUUGCCAUAAAACAUGUGGCGAAAGAUCGAGUGACUGAAUGGGGAGAACUGACCAAUGGUGCCCGUGUCCCCAUGGAGAUUGUCCUUUUGAAGAAGGUCGGGACGGGUUUCCGUGGCGUUAUAAAGAUGCUUGACUGGUAUGAACGACCAGAUAGUUUCAUCAUCGUCAUGGAAAGACCGGAAAAUGUGAAGGACUUAUUCGAUUUCAUCACGGAGAAGGGAGCCUUACCCGAGGAGCUGGCAAAGAACUUUUUCCGCCAGGUACUAGAAGCGGUGCGACAUUGCAACAACUGCGGCGUUGUACACAGAGACAUCAAAGAUGAAAACAUUCUAAUUGAUCUCCGGACUGGUGAUUUGAAGCUUAUUGACUUUGGAUCAGGAGCACUCCUCAAAGACACCGUUUACACCGAUUUCGACGGUACUCGAGUGUACAGCCCACCAGAAUGGAUCAAAUACCAUCGGUACCACGGUCGGUCUGCUACAGUUUGGUCCCUUGGCAUUCUGUUGUAUGACAUGGUGUGUGGGGACAUCCCCUUUGAACAAGAUGAAGAGAUAGUACGGGGACAGGUCCUCUUCAGGAGACGAAUUUCUACUGAAUGUCAGCAGCUGAUCAAGUGGUGUCUGUCUCUGCGGCCGGCGGAUCGGCCGUCCUUCGAAGACAUCCUCAAUCACCAGUGGAUGUUGAACACAGCGCCCCCUACGGAGACCACAGAGAUCCGCCUCCACAGUAUCAGUCACGAGCCUGCUGCCUUCCCCGCCGUCACUGUGUGCAAAUGACUGCAGCAAAAUCCACUGACACAGACUGUAACUCUGCAAAGCACAACCGUGGCUGUCCAAAGGACCGAAACACAAACAGACAAAACAAACAAACAAACAAAACAAAAAUGCAGAAAAGACAAGAAAAACAAAUGUCGCUGUGAAUAUUUGUUUUGGCAUUGGCAGCUGG